AUGACGACUGAAGAAAAUUCUUAUGCUAAACGCUACACAUCGAAGCGUAAAGUUAUUGAAGAUAUUCAAGAAUAUCAUGUUGUAAUUUUCCCAUGUGAUAAUUCAUUUUCGGUGGUAAAGGCAAAACAAUGUUCACCAGCUGAACAUGAUGGUUAUGUUAUGAUACAAUCUGGAGGAAGAAAAUAUACUGGAUUUGUAUUCGAAACAGGAAGUUUACAAAAGUGCAGCAAAGCUGCCGAUUUACUUUCACAAAAACAACAUGAAGAUAUAGAAAGUGAUUAUGAACGAGGAAAAGAAAAUUCAUCUUCAAACAAUAUCAUUUCAAUGAUAACUUCUGGUUCAUUACAUUUUAAUGAUGCACGGCAACGUGAAAAAGCUGAUUCAUUAUCUUUACUGAAAAGACAAAACUUAGGUCACAAGAAGAAAUCUAAAGUUGUACAGAAAAAAAAUGGUAUAUCGUCAUCAGAUACUGAAUCUGACCAUUAUGAUCCUGUAGAACCAAUAGAAAUAAUUAAAACGCCAACAUUUAAUGGUAGACGUCUCGUUAGUUCCAAUACAGCUUAUGAUUCUGUGAAUAGUUCUGUUCAUAAAGAUAGUGAAUUGAAAUCUAUUGAAAUAAAAUACCUUAUUCCAAUGUUAUCAGCACAACAAAAAUUAGAAAUAAUGAUGCAAUCGUUAUACAAAAAUCAAACAAGUAUUCAAAAGGCUCUGAAAAGACGAGAGAUACUUGUUUCACUUGAAGAACCUGGUACUGUACCAAACGAUGAUUUAGAUUUUCCACGUUCACUCAUUUUCAAAUGGUCGGAUACUGAUCCUGGUAUUGACUUACUAAAACUACCAGGAACAAAAGAAAAGGCUAAUCUUUAUGUAACAUGCUUAAUCGAAAAAAUGUUUACUAUAAAUGAAUUAGUAGAGUUGAAACCGGCUGAUACUUAUAAUGAUAAUCGAUACAAGAUGAUUCGAGGUAAUCGUUCACUUUUUCUAGUUAUGUUAUAA